UGAUUGGGGAGAUUAGAAUAACUGGUUGCUUUGCAACGAACCCCAUCCUCAUCCCCAUUUCCUUGCAUGUAGAAAGCAAGUAUGCCAAAGAAUGAUUCAGCCCAAUCUUUUCCUCGAUACUAUUUUUUCUCUCUCUGAAUGAAAGAAACCCACACUUUCUAGUCCACCUCAACCAUAGCACUUAUUACUGGAUUCUUCUAAUUUGCAAAUGUUACCUAUCAAGGAUUGUGCCCUUCAACGAUCCAUAUCCCUGAAUUGGCUGUCCUUUUGCUCUUCCUUUCCCCCGCUUUAGUCAUGGAUCCUUCAGUCACUCUGUGGCAGUUUCUUCUGCAAUUGCUGGAACAGCAGAGCAAUGGGCAUCUGAUUGCAUGGACAUCCAAUGAUGGGGAGUUCAAGCUGGUGGAUGCAGAAGAGGUUGCACGACUCUGGGGCCUGCGGAAGAACAAGACCAACAUGAAUUAUGACAAGCUGAGCCGGGCCCUGCGUUACUACUAUGACAAAAAUAUCAUCCGUAAAGUCAGUGGUCAGAAAUUUGUCUACAAGUUUGUCUCUUACCCGGAACUUUCGAGUAUGGAAGGCAUGAAGGAUGAGGCAGGUACCAAAAAACCUGAGCAGGUCCCAGGUGAGGCCAAAGGGGGUGAAGGAGCAUUUGGUACUUCCAAAGCUCCCCGAGGAGGCGGAGGUGCCCCACGUAGCAGUCGAAAUGAAUACAUGCGUUCCGGACUGUACUCCACUUUCACCAUUCAGUCACUACAGAACCCUUCACCCGUUGGACGGCCCUCACGCCAGGAAACAGAGCUCUUGCCUGUGGUGCCUCCUCUUGCUGCUGCUCCUGAGCCAAUGGCCCCCUUUUCCAUGGCCCCAGAGGAGGACCUCCCACAACUACAUAUAAGCAUUGAAGAACCAGAGGAAUCCCAAGAGUCCCUGCAGGUGAGUCAUGAAAAGAGAUUUCUAACUUGCUGGAAGGGGAAGACUAGAUUUCCCAGUAAUUCUAGCUCACAGGUUCACAUCCCGUCACUCAGUGUGGAUGGACUCUCCACCCCUGUAGUCCUUUCUCCUGGUCCCCAGAAGCCAUAAUCUUCCCUCUGCAUCACCACAUUUCUCUACUCCUGCCAAAGAACUGGCUUGAGUCUCUUUUCAAGCACUUGGGUCUACUUCAGCUAGAAGCUAUGUGUCCCUUCGUUAACUGGAAGAACCCUUUGAUGAUUCAAGCCACGUCAGCUUGAAGAAUGGAAAUGGCAUAGGCAAGCAGAUUCAUCCAUUAAUCUUUGAUCUGCCGGAAUUUUUCUUUGGAACCAAAUGGUGUUUUGCUGGUAUCAAGCACUUGAUGUGUCGCACUUGCUUCUUGUUGCAAAAUUCAGGCAGCCCUCAAAUAUGUCUGCGAGGGCAAUGAGAAUCUAAGCUUUAUUUGGUCGCCUCUCCAAGAGGCUGCCUUUAUUUGACACUGUUGUGGCAAUAUGGCUUUCUUUAUCUGUCCCCUGUGGUGGUAGUCACUUUUAAUAACAGUUCAUCUGAUGGUGCAAGAUCAAGAAGGCUACCAAUCUUCAUCCACUUUGCAAGAUAAAUCAAGUAUUUGACUUCAUCUCUACCUUUUUUUUUUCCUGGCUUACUUUAGCUUAGUUAUUAUUAGAGAAGUAAAUAGAUCCUACCAGCCAGGUUCAUUUUAGGAGUAUACAAAGAAACCAGUGCCAGUCUAAUUUGUUUUAUCUAUAUAUGGACAACACGCUGAUAUGCAAGCCUUUUUUGUUUUGGCAGGAUAUACAGUCAUAAGGGAUUUUGGUCAGCUUUGAUCUUGGAUGGAUAGGUGUGGGAGUGCCAUAGCAACUCACAUCGGUUGCAGGUGAACAAAGUAGAGGAGAGGAAGCACUGUUGAUCAUGUUUCUUCCAAGAAUACUGAUAAGUCGUUAUUGUAUUCGAUUUGGUUUCAUAGGGAGGAAAAAUAACGGGAUGUGUUUGCUGUGCAACACAGUAGGAACAAACUGUCAGCCAUCUUCUAUUUGACCAGCAAAAGCAACAGCAUCAGUUGCAUUUAGUUUAAGCUCAGUUAAUUGUGAUUUUUUUUUUUUUUACUCACUGAAGUCAGAAUGUUUCUGGUAUUUCUUUGGGAGAAAAAUUCUCCAUCUGCCACCAAGAUUAUAGCUGGGGAGGUUUUGAUCAUUUCCCCCCAUUGGUCAAAAGUCACCGAUUCGUCAAUGUGGAGACCAGAGAAUCAAGUCUGCUUACUGUAUUCAAGACCUAUUUUUUUUUUUUUUUGGUAGCAGAAUGGUUUCCUUAAUUUAUUUCCUGGCGAUCAGAGGACAUGACAGAAAUGGCCAAAGGGGAAGUCUUUACCCUCUCUAUUUUUGACUGCUUUUUAUGGUUUCGUUUCUGUCAUCAUAGAAGAAAUAUCAGGCAUCGGCUAUUACGGUGGAAAAAUAUUCAUUACAGAUUGAUCCUGAUCUCACAUACCUCUCCAGUUUUCUUCCAACUCUUGAGUCAUCCUGGAAACAGCAAUGACAAAUCCACUAUCUUACAAUCUCUUCAAUUCCUGGAGCCAAAAAAAAGCUUUUUUAAAUGGAAACAGUGGAAAUGGUAUAUUUCUAUAGUUCCACAUUUUAUUUCAAAUGCACCAUAAAGGGACUCUGCAAAGGGCUGCGUCUCUUUAUCAGUGGGUUUAUUAGAACUCAUGUAUUCAGAUGACAAGAAUUUCAUCGCUAGUUUAUUGUGGUUUUUUUUUGGAGGUUAUCCAUAAAUAUUUGUUAAUGCCACAAAAGAUGUGCUAUUUCAGAGGUAUCAGCCAAUUCUUAAUCAGAGUUCCUGGCACCUUCUAUUUUUUCACAGAGUAUCUAUAUCUAUAUAUCACAAUUUUAUCUAUUGUCAAGAGAGUUGUAUUAAGAGAAAAGGAGAUGGUUCAGAUCUAUAUUUAUCUUUUCAUCUGUCCAUUUUGAUAGCUAUUUUUUAAACCACAGGAUGGGAAUGAAAGAAGAUUAUUUUAAAGUGAAGUUGGAAAGCAUUUCGCUCUCUAAUUGUUUGUAUGUACCUGUGUACAAAUUUUGAAGGGAAAAGGGCGUAGUGUGGAGAAAUGUGGUUUUGAAAUUAUUCCCAGUAGAGUUUGCAAUGGAACUUCAAUAAUGAUGGACCAGGUUCUUUAUAAGAACAGUUUCCAACUCUGAUGGUUGAAGAUCUCAAGUCUUAAUCCAAACUAUUGAGAAGACACCAGUCUGAAGCCUUUUCCAGGGUGUAUUUGGAGAGAAUAUGCGGUCCCAUAGACACUAACUUGCCUUGUGCUGAAGAUGUUCCCUGCAAUGUCCCUUGGCAUUCUUGGUAUCAUUCCAGGAAUACUAACAGCUACUGAGCAGUUCCUUAAAGUAUGGAUAACGAAAGUCGGCUCUGUAAGAGCAAAUCAGCACAUUAAUACCAGUAAGAAGGAUCGAAGCAAACAUUUGAUGAGAAGGUCAGGCCAGACUCUGAACUUGGGUAUUAGAAAAUCUAUCAUUGGAGAAUGGCUUCACUAAAAUUUGUGAUCACUGGGAUUUAGAAUGUCAGAAAAUCUGUGGGUUAAAAUCUUGCAUAUGAAUCAUGAUGAAAAUGGGCAGCAGGGUACAGGACCCUGCUAAGAAAGCAAAAGAGGAAUGUGCCUGAAUUUUUUGCAACUAACAGGCUUACCUCCUCACAAUUUGUACUGUACUCCCAAGUGAUUUUUCUAUGCUCUUGGAGAAGUCUCAUUCAGUAUGUAAAACUUUAAUUAAAUUACUUGGGAAACUGACUGCAGAGAGGUGAACUAGGAGCAGGAUUUCACCAUCUAGAUGCCAACUUGCUUUUAACUCACUCCCUGCUCCAACCUUUCUAUGUGAUUGGUGUAGAAGUGAGUUUAAAAGAUAUGCCCAAUGGAGCGCUGUUGUAAUUUUGAAGUGUUGAGAUAGAAUCCGAUUUCAUAGGGAAUUAAGCAAGUCUACCUGGAUUUAUUCUGGCAAGAAAGAGAUGAAACUGAGUAGGAGAUUUAAGAUGUAAUCAAUAUUUUAGAUACUGGAUUUGGGAAGGCUUCAAAAGCAAACGUUUAUAGCCAGAAAAAUAUGGUUUAUUUUUUAAUCAUCCUAUUCUGUAGCAUUAAUAAUAAUAUUGAUUAUAUUUUUGUUGCACUUCCAUAUUGCCUCCUCCUGGGAGAAAUCUAAGUGCUUUAUAAGAGGUGAUUUACAGUUUUAUUUAAUAAAUUAGGCACUUUGUGUGAUCAGCAAUCUGCAAAACAAUCAGGUACAAUUCAUGGGUGUUACCAUUCAAAUCAUGUGUAAAUCAUAUGUGAUUUGUGUAUAAGUAAACUGUACUUUAGAGUAAACUGUGAGCACAGCAUGCAUGUGUGAGGGUAUGUGGGUAUGUAUGUGGGUGUAUACACACACAACACACACACACAAUAUACAUAUACACACAUGCAUGCUGUACUCAUAUUCAGAAAAACAGAUGGAAAGGAAGGUUAUUUUGUGGCUGAGCACAAAGCAUUCAAGCUGAUGUGUAAAAAAGGAACAAAGCUUUAUUUUGUGGCACGUUUAUGUAAUGCCACUAGUUCAUCAAGAGUAAGUAUUUGCAUUGUAAUGGAUCUGCAGUGUACUUUCGUACAAUAACCUUCAGUUUUAUUUUAGCCUUCCUACAUGCAGGCCAUGAGUAAACCAUGCGUAGCCAUCAGUAAAAUUGCAAACAAUGUUUCUUGUAAACUGUAAGUGGAAUGUGGUUAUACUUUGAGUACACCAUAUGCAAACAAUGAAUAAGUCAUGUAAGCCAUUAUUGACCCAUAGGUCAAGCCAUGUGGAAGCCGAUGCAAAUGUUCAAACCCUUUGAGGUAUGGUUGCUUUCUUAAGUCAUUGGCUUUCCACAUUAAACCUCUGUUUUUCUCAUGCAGGUGCCAUUGGGCUUGCCCAGUUUUAUUGAGAGCACCCAGCAAAGUAGCUUUACAAGAAUCUUGUCUAGGACCAAUGGCUGCUUCGGCACUCUCCAUCCUGAAGCUUGGUCUUCAGGGUUAAUUGCUUUAAAGUCCUAAUAGGGCUUAGGAGGGUGUGGCUCCCAGAGCCAAAUAGUAGCACUGCGGUCCCGGGCGUCUUUCCUCACUUCAACUUGUGCAGCUUUCAGAAACUUUGUGCUAGAGUAAGACAAUAUUUUGUAGCCAUAUAUUAUUGCUGACACAUAAAAUAAAGAUAUCCCUGCUAUGGCGGCAUGUUCAAGGAGCAAUUGCAAAAGGACUAUUAAAGAAGAUUGCAAACAUUUUACAGAGAGAGAGAGAGAGAGAAAGAAAGAGAGAGAGAGAGAGAGAGAGAGAGAGAGAGAAGCACAUAGACACACACAGAGAUACAUGAUAAAGGUAUAUAUAUUCAGAAUACAGACACAUAGGUAUAUAUUUAUAUUCCUUUCAUAAGUAACUCUUCAGGAUUCAUAGGGCUAUGGAUUCCUUUAUCUUCAAAAAAGGGAAAACCGAUAAUUUAGAGAAUUCACUCUGAAAGUGCUUAAUAUCUUUCAAAUAACAUUAAUAAAAAUAAUUGUAAGUUGACAGUAUCCUAACCACAAAAGUAAAUUAAAUGGGGAUCUUUGAUGAUUUACAUUUUUAAGUCCACUGAAAUCCAAAAUCCAAUUUUUGCUUCCAGAAAUUUUAAUUGAACUGGGUGAAGGCAGUAGAUGUGAAUCCUUUUAUACUUUCCUCAUGGUGAAAUGAUGAAGUACUGUAAUAAACUGGGUACUGUAUCUGCUUGGCAAAAUGUUAAAUGAGAGAGAAGCAGAAGUAGCCUUAAAAUGCUCCCCCAGUUUAAGUCAGGAAAUGUCCUUCUAGAACAGAUGAGCAUGAAAGUGCAUUUUCUCUCCAUUCCAUUAAAAUCCUCAAAUGCACAAGACAUAGCAUUCCUCACACUGUUCAAACAAUUGGUUUGAAUAUGUUUCUUUGACAAGAUUUUUGUACAGCCAUGAAAUAUUGCACUUUAUCCUCCUCUUACAAGGUGGCAUUUAAAGGGAGGUGGCUUUUGAUGUAGAAGAGAGAAAAGUUUCCGGUGAGAAAUUUGUAUUUCUACCAAAUGGCUAAAAACUGCAGAAGCUCUAGUUGCCAGCUGGCUAACUUUUCGAAAUGAGUAUGUUUAAUAGGAAAAGUUGCCACUAUUUUUAUUUUUUUUAAAAAGGCAGGAAUUCUUUUGACAGUGCACAAAAGGCAGGAAUGAGCAGAUUCCAUUCUCAGUAGGAUAUUGAGCAGCCUUACUUGCCCUGAAAUUGUUAACAGACAUGUAUUCGUUUAAUACUGUUCAUGAUGACAGUCCUGAAAGACAGCCAUCCAGUUUGCAUACUUAAGACCUUGCAGAAAAGGAAUCUGGAAAAUAAGGCAAGACUCAAUCUCAUAUGUAUGGCUAGUGAAUUUCAAAACAAUCCCCUUAUUUAAGACUGAAGUCUGACCUCUUCCAGCAAGGAUCCAAGUCUCUGCAAUAAAAUAAUCAAGUGAAAACAAAAUUAUAGAUCAGAUCAUUUCACUUGACAAAUAAAAGCCCCCAGCCUCUACCAGGAAUCGUAAAGCACCAUAAAAUCUUAUUAAUUGUCAUGGACUAGGGCACCAAUUGUAAUGUCAAUGAACUUCCAUCCCAAAGAACUAAUAAUACCACAGUAUCAUUGAUUCUAAAGACCCAUUGAGGUUUGUGUUUCUUCACAAAUGAAUCAGGUAUACCAUUUUUUUUUCCUGGAAUGUACACUGGGUUGCAGUUGUCAGUACAUUUUGCUCCCAUUAUAAAGUGGAUUUUUCUGCAAUGCCCAACUGGUACAUCAGUUGUUUAUUCGUUAAUGAAAUCAAAGUGGUGGUGGUAGAGAAUUGGACAUGGUGGAGCAUUGCUGUGUAACAAGAGUACAAUCCAGGAAAAAUAUUAUUGCUCAUUUCUGUGGUUUAUAUAAAGCACCAUGAUUUUAUUUCAUUCCAUUUCACAGUCUAAAUUUUGUAAGUUUUUCAGCUUGCAUUUGGUCUUAUAUUUUCAAGAGGCUGCUUUUAGAUGAUUUUGAAAAGAUGGGACUAAGAAGAUAGGAUGAUCUCUGACCCCCCCUCCUCCCCAAUAGGACUUGAAUAAAAUAAAGCUGGAGCCAACCUGCAUUAAGUUGGCCUGGUCAUUCUUGAUGAAAAGGGCUAAGAGCUUGAUCUGUCAUUCUGCAAAGCUUUGAUGGGAAUGUGUAUCCACAUCUUUCGGGCUUAUGUUUAACCAUAGAAAUACGGCUGUAGCCUCCAAAUUUAAUUGGGAGAAUGUCAGGGGAAAAUGCUAAUUCCCUCGUAGUCCCUGAAUGGGAUACUUUGCAUGACCGAUUCUAAGAAUAUUUGAUUUAAUUUAUAGCAAGAAAAUGUACCUAACACAUACAAAAAACCAGGAGUGUCUUUUUUGCCUUUCUCACUUGAACAUGCUGAGUCUAUGAUAUUCAGAAUUUAUUUCUUUCUCAGUGGCACUUUGAGUUGCUAAGAGUGCCAGUGUAGCAGGGAUUGGUGAGAUAAUGUGAAAAGAACAGGGCAAAAUCCAGGGAUUUAACAUUUUUGGUUGAAGUAGAGAUUUUGUUGGGAUUCUUUUUCCCAUGGAGGAAGUCCUACAAGAUGGUCUGGGAAAUUUAUUUAUUUUCCCUGUUUCUCUUCAUUGUUGAACUGGUCUUGGUCCCUGAGCCAGAGGUGAUGGGGAUCUGUCCCUCUCUAGUUACCUCUGCACUGGGGUUUGGAUCCUGUUUAUUUUUAUGACGAAACUCUGGGAUCCUGCC